AUGACCAUCGCCAAGUUCGCCAACGAGAUACUUUCUCGUACAAAGUCCGAGUCGGCCAAAGGGAACCGCAAUUCCGCUGGUUCCGGAACAGUGCGCACCGUUACCAUCCCUUCGUUCGAAGAGUUUCUUCUCAAGCGCGACUACAUUGGAGCGAAAACUGUCCUUCAGUGCUCGAAAGAUUACGACGAGGUACCGGAACAGCUCAAGCAACUUUGGACGGGAUUUUGCGAUUUUCAUAUCGGCGAGUAUAAGCGUGCCCUGCAGCUGUACGAAAAGAUCUACGCAGCGGACGGUACGCUGAAGGAUGUAGCACUCAACAUUUGCGUGUGCAUGUUCUAUCUCGGCAUGUAUGAUGAAGCCCAGAAGCUGGUGGAGGAACUGCCGCAAAGUCCGCUCAAGAUACGGCUUCUGUUUCAUCUCGCACACAAACUCAGCGACGAGGAUCGGCUUAUGGAGUUGCACGGUUCACUGCGAGACGUGGUAGAAGAUCAGCUUAGCCUGGCCGGGAUGCACUAUCUGCGCUCUCACUAUCAGGAAGCGAUCGAUAUUUACAAGCGUGUCCUGCUGGACAAUAAGGAUCUGCUUGCACUGAAUGUGUACGUAGCGAUCUGUUACUACAAGCUGGACUACUACGACAUUUCGCAGGAGGUGCUCGAUCUGUACCUGAACCAGUUCCCGGACAGUACGAUCGCCAUCAAUCUGAAGGCUUGCAACCGGUUCCGGCUGUUCAAUGGAAGAGCUGCGGAGCAGGAGAUAAAGCAUCUGGUCGAGAGUGGUACGUUCGGGGCGGAUCUCAUCCAGCACAAUUUGGUCGUGUUCCGAAACGGUGAAGGAGCGCUACAGGUUCUGCCUCAGCUGAUCGACAUCGUACCGGAGGCACGCCUUAACCUGGCCAUCCAUCAUCUGCGCCGGGGAGAGAUCCAGGAGGCACACUACCUGAUGAAGGAAGUACAACCCACGGUACCGCAGGAGUACAUCUUGAAGGGUGUAGUACAUGCGGCACUCGGUCAGGAGACCGGCUCGAAAGAGCAUCUCAAGAAUGCUCAACAAUGUCUGCAUCUUGUCGGUGGAUCAGCGUCCGAGUGUGACACCAUCCCGGGGCGGCAAAGUAUGGCGUCCGCGUUUUUUCUGUACGGCCAGUUUGAGGAGGUGCUGGUGUACCUUAACUCGAUCCGCAGCUACUUCGUGAACGAUGACACGUUCAACUAUAACUAUGCACAGGCGAAGGCGGCCACCGGGUACUACAAGGAGGCCGAAGAGCUGCUGCUCCAGAUACACGACAUCACCAUCAAGACGGACAGUACCUUCUCGAUGGUGUUGGCCAAAUGUCACAUACACGCGGGCCACGCGGACCAGGCUUGGAAUAUCUUCCUGACGAAGGAUUCUACACCGGACGCGUUCGCGUUGCUGCAGCUGAUCGCAAACGAUAGCUAUCGUGUAGGGGAGUUUUGGAUUGCGGCGAAGGCUUUCGAUACGCUGGAAAAGUUGGAUCCAAACCCGGAGUACUGGGAGGGAAAGCGUGGUGCUUGUGCCGGUGCAGUACAGGCCAUACUGGCGAAACGGGGCAGUGGAGCACCACCCGGUGGUGUGUCCGAGAUCAUUUCUCUGCUGCGGGAUUCCACUAACGCUCAGGCGGAAGGAAUGUUGCGUGUGAUUCGACGGUUUGCAAGUAGUAUUAAGUAA